AUGUCGAGCAUUGCUGCCAGCACUCUGCGGUCCUCUCUCCGGCGAGGAGCACCACGGGCUCGCCUCUCCUCCACACAGAUCCCACCUCUUUCUGCCUCUACGUCUGAUGCUGCCCCCUCAUCGUCUCCCUCCUCGGACCCUGCUCCCGAACCUGCAGAGCUAAUGCCCCAGCUCGUCCCCAAGGUCGACUUUACUCUCCCGGACGACAAGAUGCGCGUCCUCGUCGACCUCUAUCACGAUUCCCGGACGUGGAUCACGCGCGAAAACCUCUCCUCCCGGAUCGACGCCGCCUUCAUCCAUUCCCGGAGGGACAACCCGGACCUGACGCGCUCGCCGGAGCGGCCGCUCAUCACGCUCGCACACGACCUCACGCGCAUGCAGCGGCAGCCCAAGUUCGCGCCUCCGUACGAGGACAAGGGCAACAAGUCGGCGGCAGCGACGGCGUGGAGCGAGCGGCGGUCGCCGCGCGAGGAGGCGGUCCUGCGCGCGCUGUAUGGCACGCACUCGCGCGGGCGGCCGACGUUCGAGGCCCUGGUGGACGAGUACGAGGGUAUGAAGAAGGAGGUCGAGGAGGAGAAGGCGGCGCCGGGCGCGUAG